AUGGCUUAACAUAGCAGAUAUCUCAAAGCACCUAGGAGAUGCAUCUGUGUCUACAAUUUCUUCAGGCAAGAUAAACAAGCCAAUGUCAGUGCCCUCAGCUCCACCAAUAACCCUGGCACUAAGGCCCUAGUUACACUCAAUGGGUUCUGCUGCAUGUCAGACACCAAAUUCUGGAAACAUUCUCUCAGUUCUCAACUCCAUCACAGUAAGAGGUUGCAAAUCUUGGACAAAUGCAGGAAUUUGAGGAUUUCUUAAGGCCAUCAGGAAAACAGCAACAUUUCCACUGAUUCCUGAUGAAGGGUGUCAGCCCUAAAUGUCAACUGUUUAUUCAUUCCCACACAUGAUGCCUUAUCUGCUGAGUUCCUCCAGCAUUUUGUGUGUGUGUGUUGCUCUGGAUUUCCAGGACCUGCUGAAUCUCUUGUCUUUAAACAUCUCCACUGACUUGUAGCAGUGCCUGAAUCACAAUAUUCAGCAAGAUAAAAUAUCAUUAGGAGUGACAUUGAGAACCUUGAAUUUCUUCUCAGCUGCCCAUCUGGUUCGUCAAGUACCUCCUGCCCCACCGAUACCAGCUUACGAGUCUUACAUGGGCGCUGACUGGCACGUUUUAAAACGAUACUGGAAAAAGGUCAUCCUCGACUCUGAUACCUAAACCGGAACGGCAAUCCACGCCUCUGUUUGUGUGUUUGUGCGGUGACUCGGAACUCUAGUGCGCGGCGCCGGUUGCAGGGAGGAAGCCGCAGACAGACGGGACAGACGGAGGAACGGGACCGCUGGUCUUGGCGUCCGUGAGGAGCGUGAUUUGACAUCCUGUAAUGCUGGAUCAGACAUAAGGAAUGCAUGGAUUCAAUUACAUUCAGGAGUGACAUAGUGCUUUCCGAUGUCCAUAUAUACACCCCAAACUCUAGUCACUUGAUGGUAAGACUAAAUGGAGAUGGACAACCAGUUUUCGUGUCAAAGUUCAAAAUCCUACAUAAUGUUAAUACCUACAGCAAAGGUGAUUUGGAACACCUGAGCAAUGAAGAAACCAGAAGUGAUUUAAUUAGCAACGCUGAUAGUGAGAAGAAAGUUGACACAAGAAUGGAGAACACUAAUGUUCUGCUGGAUGAUGAUGGAGAUCUGGAUGUAAUUAGAAGAUCUGAUGGUGUUCUUCAUUCUGACGAAAAUUAUCAAUGGCGAGAGAUAGUAUAUCCCACAAUAAUAAGUAAAGGGGAAGAAAUUUUCAGUGAGGAGUAUGAGGAAGAUUGUUCUGUUUGCAAUGAGAUCAGAAUAGAACACACAAUGGGUACUGUACUGGAGGAUGUUGGAAAGCAGGUGUGGCGUGGUGCUUUCCUUCUAGCUGAUUACAUUUUAAACAAUACCUACCUAUUCAAAGACCACACAGUUCUAGAGUUAGGAGCAGGCACAGGCAUGACCAGCAUCGUCAUGGCAACUGUUGCAAAGACCAUUUAUUGCACAGAUGUUGGUGAAGAUCUGCUGAAUAUGUGCGAACGAAAUAUAAUUGCAAACAAACAUAUUUAUAGGACAACAGGAAGUGAAAUAAAAGUGAAAGAACUAGACUGGCUGAAAAGUGAAUUUUGCAAAGGUAAAAGCCCAUACUGUUGGUCGGAAGAAGAAAUAGCUCAAUUGUAUGAUCAGACUGAUGUGCUUCUUGCUGCUGAUGUAUUCUAUGAUGAUGAUUUGACAGAUGCAUUUUUUCAGACAAUCUACAGAAUUUUGAGCAAUUUGAGAAAUCGAAGCACAUUAUAUCUCUCUGUAGAGAAAAGACUAAACUUUACAUUGAGAAAAAUGGAUGUUACAUGUGAUGCUUAUGAUCAUUUCCGAUUCUGUUUGGCUGAAUUGGAGAACUUGAGUGAUGGAAAAACUAAAUUUGCUGUAGAACCGGUCAAUCUAAUUUUUCCGCAACUUCUUUUUUAUGAGCGAGUGGAACAAUUGGAAUUGUGGAAAAUAAUUGUUGAACCACUUAGCAGCACACAGCAGUGAAGAGGCUAUACUAAUUUGAAAAUGCCUGCAUUCAGUGCUGCUUAUUGCUGUUGUUUUGUUAACACUUUAACAGAAGAAAGAAAUGAAGUUAAUUUUAAAUAGUAAGCCACUGUAACUUGUUUACAUUAUUCAAUAUUAUAUUUAUAACUGCAGCAUAUGAAUUAUAGCAUAUACUAUCAAGUUUUUGUUUGAAUUGCAUUGUCUUUGAAUUAAAUACUCAGUGAAUUUUGCAAUGAAUAAGUCAAUACCUCAUUAAAAUAAUAGUAAGAACUUUAUAAUUUAAAAGUACAAAGCAUUACAUACAAUUUUUCCCUAAUAAUUUAAGUUAUUUUGUUAGUAUAAGAUAAAUGCUGUUUCUAAAAUUUAAUAAUAUGACAAAAGAGUGACAUUAAAAUAAUGUUUCAAUAGUAAAUUCUCAGUUCCCAGCCUAAAAUAUACAAACCUAAAUAGAAGUAUGUUCCCUAAAAAGUAAUAAAUGAUUUUAUCAGACGAAAUGAAUUUCAAUUGCUAGUAAGUUAUCAUAUUGAUUCAGAGUAAUCUUAGAAUCUUAUUCCACAGAAGGCAGCCUUUAAACCCAUUUGUGCCUUUCUGAUCACUUUGAAGGAGCUGUUUCUUUAUUCCUUCAUUGCUGAAUUUUACCUAUGGUGCUGUUUCAAGUUUAUAUACAAUUCUUGUUUAACUCCUUUCUCUGCUCUGAAGAAAAUAACCCUUGUUUCUCCAGUCAACUCAUAUAGCUAUCAUUUCUCACCUUUGGUAUAUUUCUAGAAAAUUUUAUCUCCACCCUCUCCAAAACCUCAAUGUACUACUUCAGCUGCAGUUAAGCAUUUUACUAUUGUUUGCAAGCUAAGUGUAAUUUAUUGUGAAACUGGUCUGUACUUUAUACAGAUAUAUUUAUGAAUCUAUUUUGGUAAUAAAGGAUUAA